UUUGGAAUUGGGGACUAACAGAAUUUUGGGUUCUAAUCUUUACAAAAACUUCCUCUUUAAACCACGACACUACCAGCGACAACGAGGACUUGCGGCUUCGUUCGGGUCCUUUUUCUCAUUUGCAGUUGUAUUUCUUUCAUUUUCAGUUUGAUUUCAUAUCGAUUCUAAGAGUAAUUCGGGGCUCUGGUUGUAGAAUUAAUAACUUGGAAGUUUCUUCCAGGAACUUCUAUUUUGUUAUUCAACACAUCCUGCUGCUGCCUACUGUAGUUAUGGAGAUAAAGACGGAUAGUAAUGAUGGCUCACUCGUUUUAAUUAAGCAAGGAGCUGAAGCUAGAGUGUUUGAGUCUACUUUCGUAGGAAGGCGAUCGAUUGUUAAGGAACGAUUCUCAAAGAAAUAUAGACAUCCAUCUCUGGAUUCCAAACUCACACUCAAGCGAUUGAAUGCAGAAGCAAGGUGCAUGACCAAAGCUAGGCGACUCGCGGUUUCUACUCCAGUGUUGUAUGCUGUUGACCCGAUAUUACAUACCCUGACAUUUGAGUAUGUGGAAGGUCGUUCUGUGAAAGAUAUAUUACUUGAAAUUGGGUCAAGUGGUGAUGGUUCGAAACAGUUGAAGGACAUUGCAAUGCAGAUCGGCGUUGCAAUUGGGAAGUUGCAUGAUGGUGGUUUAAUUCAUGGUGAUUUGACGACGUCUAACAUGUUGGUGAGGAGUAGUACCAAUGAACUUGUCCUUAUUGAUUUUGGUCUGAGCUUUACUUCAACUAUUCCUGAAGAUAAAGCAGUUGAUCUAUAUGUGUUGGAACGAGCACUGCUAUCGAUGCAUUCUUCAUGUGGCAAUGUGAUGGAACAAAUUCUUGCUUCAUACCGGAAGACUUCGAAACAGUGGUCGUCAACCUCGAACAAAUUAGCUCAAGUGCGUCAGCGAGGCCGAAAACGCACCAUGGUUGGUUAACAUCUUUCUUUUUAGUGACCCUUUGUAGUAGACUCAUUGAAGUGUCUUUGACUAUAAAAGCUAUAUAUUUAAGUGAAUCAGACGAUUUGUUUUUUUGUGUGUUGUUUUGGAGAUUUGUAAUUAGAUGUGGUGAGCUUUUUGCACUUAUGAGAC